AUGCACCGUCCAGUGCAACUACAUGACCCAGUGUCUCCUACAAGCAACCAAAACUCGCCAUUACAUAUGGAAUCAUCGAGUGUAUCAUUAGCUGAACACAAAUCCUAUGAGGGACAGCCAAGCCCAGCCCGAAACCCACCUCCACUUCCACCCCGAAAGGAUGCAAGCUCUUCCAGUAUGUCUUUGGGCCCGUCAGAGACCCCUCAAGACGGAAGACGGAAGCUAUUACUGAUAUAUAUUCACGGCUUCAUGGGUGCUGAAGACAGCUUUCGUGAAUUUCCAGCUCAUGUGCACAAUUUAAUUUCCAACACUCUAGCAGAUUCGCAUGUGAUAUAUUCAAAGAUAUAUCCACGAUAUAAAUCCCGGCGCGCCAUGACCGCUGCUCGAGAUGAGUUUAGCGAAUGGUUGAUACCGCACGAGUCGGACCAAACCGAUGUUAUCUUACUAGGACACAGUUUGGGUGGUAUCCUAGCCGCAGAGGUAGCUCUUACCGAGACCGACGAUGCAAACAACUCUACUAGACAUAGACAUCGCAUGCUCGGAACAAUAAACUUCGAUGUACCUUUCCUCGGUAUGCAUCCGAGUGUCGUUGGUACUGGAAUCUCUAGUCUAUUUCAACCGAGGCGUGUGGAAGAUUUGUCCCAGGAGGACCUAAGUCAAACACCGUCUCUUAAAUCGCCAGAAAUCCCUUCAAGUGACCAAAGUCCUCAAUAUCCGAUCGAGUCAACCGCAUCUUCGUGGUAUGAGCAAAAGCCGGACCCGAAUUUCGACCCUCCUUUCGUGAAUGAUGUUCAUCGCGUGAAACGUAACCAGUUAGAUGGUGCCCUGAACUUUCUCAAGAAGAAUUCAGGCAAUUUGAGAACUGCAGUUAAGGAAUAUGCUAGCUCUUACUUCGAAUUCGGCGGCUGUCUAGCCGAUUAUUCGGGGCUUCAUAGGCGAUAUGCGUUGUUGAAAGAGUUGGAUGGCAUAGACGAUCUAGAGCCGAAGAUAGAUAAGCAAGGUCGAUUGCAACGACGAAUCAGAUUUGUGAAUUAUUACACCGCGAGUCCGGGAUUCCCGAAGAAGUCUCCCUCGGAGAGCCUUCAGAGUAAGACUCCCGCAGACAAGUCGCCGUCGAGUGGAACAAUUGCCACGGACUCAAUUGAAAAUCUGACCAAGCUUCCUAGCCCUGUACUGUCAGCUGAGAGUAUUGACAAUUCCAGCGAUGAUUAUCUGACCGAAGUUGAGCCAUCGCCCAUGGAGGAAUCACCUUCACAAAGACAAUCGUUUGACGCUGUGUCUGAACUGUCAGUGGACAUUGAGGACAACAAAAUCGAUAAAGAUAAAGUCGAGAAUGAUUACACAGCCCUGCUUAAAUCCCUUCCCCCUUUGCCGGCAAUACCGUCCAAACCACCAACCUUCGACCCAUCCAAGUAUGCCAACAAAGAUAUACUCAAACAGGCACAAAAGGAACAUGCACGUCAAGUCAAGCUCCACGGACGAUCCCUAAAAGAGCACAACACAACCAUUAAAGAGCGCGAAAAACUUGCGCAGAAACUGAGUAAGAAGGGAAAGAAAUCAGAAUCAAAUUCCCUACGAUCAGAGAGCAGAGGGGAUCUAGACAAUAGCGUCCUUUCAUACAAUGACCAUGACGUUGAAGACAGCAUAUCAUCAACAUCGCAAUUAGAGUUAACCGAAAUCGAAACCGAAAUCAAUACCAUAUCACCUCCCUACAUACAUGAGCCACCUUCAUCCUCAUCACCAGCAACGCCAACAUCAACCAAACCACCAAAAGACCGCGUAUUCUGCGCACUACCGCCCCAUACAACAAAAAACUCAACUGACCCGCUAUGGGUCCGCAUUUUCAUGCCCGAUAUCGACCAGGUCAUCGCUCAUCAAUCGAUCUUCUUACCAAAUGGAUUGUAUUAUGAGUGGUUGGUGAAUGAUACUGCGGCUAGGAUUGAGAAAUGGGUUCAAGAUGAUUGUACUCGGCGAGCGAUUUGGGAACAGCUUGGGGAGGUGCCGUGA